CUAUUAUUAAAUGCACUGAAAUUUUGAUAAGAGAGCUCUCAAUGCUAUUCAGACUACAAGAGUGAUGGGCUACUUGUGCGCUAAAGCUAUACUCUUAAAGAUCUCAAUACAUUUACAAUUAUAUUAAAUUGCUAUUAGACUGCAAAAUGUCUUUGAUUAUCAACACACUGGUCUCGAAAUGGUUUCCAAUAAUGGUUUGGACCUUAACUGUUGCAAUCAAUAUGAUAUAUGCAGUCAGUGUUGUUGAAGAUAAUGAUGUAUAUAGUAUAGCAAAUCAAUCAUCAAGUAGUAUAUCAAUGAAGAUGAACAAACUCAUGUGCAGACCGGGACUAUUGUUACCCGUAUGGGAACCGAUUGAAAACCUGGCGACGGGUGAUAUUGUUGCCAGAGGUGUCAUAUAUUUUGUUGGACUCGUCUAUAUGUUUGUUGGCGUCUCUAUAAUCGCUGAUAAGUUUAUGGCAUCAAUAGAAGUGAUUACAUCACAGGAAAGACAGGUAACCAUAAAGAAGCCAAACAGUGAACCGCAAGUGAUAAGUGUCCGCAUUUGGAACGAAACGGUAUCCAACUUAACACUUAUGGCUUUGGGAUCGUCGGCUCCAGAGAUCUUGUUGUCGAUUAUCGAAGUGUAUGCACAAGACUUUAAUGCCGGAGACUUAGGUCCGGGAACUAUAGUGGGAAGUGCGGCCUUCAAUAUGUUUGUCAUAAUAGCCAUCUGUGUGUGGUGUGUGCCCAGCACUCAGUAUAAGAAGAUCAAACAUCUUCGAGUAUUUUUUGUUACAAUGAUUUGGAGUGUCUUCGCCUAUAUCUGGCUCUGUGUUAUACUUAUAUGGACUUCCAAAGGAGUGAUCGACAUAUGGGAAGGUUUAAUCACUUUUCUAUUUUUUCCGGCCACAGUAUUGACCGCUUAUAUAGCCGAUCGUCGACUACUUGUCUAUAAAUACUUAUCAAAAAAGUAUAGAAUGAAUAAAAGAGGUCUUAUAGUAGGCGGAGAGGGUGGCGAUGAGGACGUGGAGCUAGCAAUGACUAAACUUAAUCAAUCUAAUCAUCUAAUUGAUGGCGGAUUCAAAGUGUUUGAAGAGGAGGCCGACGACGAAGUUCGAGAGUUUGAGGAACACAGACGUGAAUACAUUCAAUUGCUUCGGGAAUUAAGGAAAAAAAAUCCAAACAGUGAUAUGAGUGAUAUUGAACACAUGGCCAGAGAUGAGAUCAUGAAUAGAGGACCCAAAAGUCGAGCCUUUUAUCGUCUUCAGGCAACAAAAAAGUUGACGGGAGGUAAUGCUUUGGUUAAGAGACGGGUCGGUAAAACUGAUGAUAAGAAAGAGGUUAAGACAGACAAAGAAGAUAUGAUAAAAAUAUUCUUCAAUCCGGCUCACUAUACAGUCAUGGAAAACGUGGGACAGUUUGCUGUUACCAUCAGCCGUGAGGGUGAUCUUAAAUCUACAGUUUGUGUAGACUUUAAGACUGAAGACGGCACAGCAAAUGCCGGUUCAGACUAUGAGCUCAUUGAGGGAACUGUUAUAUUCCGUCCAAACGAAAUGCAUAAACAGGUUUUUAUAACAGUCAUCGACGACGAUGUGUUUGAAGAAGACGAGCAUUUUUAUGUCAGACUAAGUAAUCCCCGAUAUUUGAGUCAUGAAAGCUGUACUCCAAUGAAUGGGGCUAUUAGUCAGUCAAACAAGAGUCCACCACUACUACAGUUGGGCACUCCGGCCAUCGCCACAGUCAUGAUUCUCGAUGACGAUCAUUCAGGUGUCUUCUCGUUUGCCGAAAACCAAUACGAAGUGUCUGAAUCUGUCGGUGAAUAUCAUCUAAAAAUAACUCGAUAUAGUGGUGCCAGAGGAAGGGUUUCAGUACCGUAUCAUACGAUUGAAGGCACAGCUAAAGAUGGCAUUGAAUUUGAGAUGUCGAGUGGUGUCAUCACAUUUGAAAAUAACCAAAUCUCUCAAGACAUAUUAAUUCAUAUCAUUGACAACGAAAGCUAUGAAAAAGACUCAAUAUUUUAUGUUGAAUUGUCUGAACCAAUUCGAGAUGAAGAAUCUAUCAAUGAAUUGAAUAAUCAAAAUGAAGGAAAUGGACUGAUUUUUGAUGAGAAAAUUGCUUCGUUAGGCAAACCAAAGCUCGGAGAGAUCUAUCGGUGCUCUCUUAGGAUCAAAGAAAGCAAAGAAUUUAAGUCAACUGUUGACCAAUUAAUAUCAAAAGCCAAUACUAAGAUACUGUUAGGUACGUCUUCAUGGAAGGAACAGUUCAUUGAUGCCAUCACUGUUUCUGCUGGAGAUAAUGAAGAUGCAGAUGCAGAGGAUGGAGAGGAAAGGGAAGAAAAGUUGCCGACGUGUUCAGACUAUGUCAUGCAUUUGUUUACAUUAUUUUGGAAAAUACUCUUUGCAUUUGUUCCGCCAACAGAAAUGGGCGAUGGUUGGGCUUGUUUUGUAGCCAGUAUUGUAUGGAUCGGUAUAUUAACAGCUAUUGUAGGAGAUUUGGCCUCACAUUUUGGCUGCACUGUUGGUUUAAAAGAUUCAAUCACAGCCAUCUCUUUUGUGGCACUGGGAACUAGUAUACCAGAUACAUUUGCAAGUAAGGUGGCCGCACAAAACGAUCAAUAUGCCGACUCGUCCAUUGGUAAUGUCACGGGUAGUAAUGCAGUCAAUGUCUUCCUGGGGAUCGGCAUCGCGUGGACUCUGGCAGCUAUAGUACACGCAUAUCGUGGCACACAAUUUGUUGUGGAUCCGGGAUCUCUUGUCUAUUCAGUUACUCUAUUCAGUGUUUGUGCAUUUUUGACUUGUAUUGUACUUAUGUUUAGACGUCGAUUAGGUGGUGAAUUAGGAGGUCCUAUGCAUUACAAACUGCCCACUAUUAUCUUAUUUGUCUGCUUCUGGUUAUUUUAUGUCUUAAUGUCAUCACUUGAGGCUUAUAAUAUGAUUCCCGGUCUUUAAACGAUAAUUAUUUCAAAAGCAUAACAUUGAUAACUCUAUAAAACUGUCAUUAUUUUUUAAAAACGACAUUUUAAUGAAUAUAUGAUUCUUAAGUCAACAGCAAAUCUAAGU